AGCCAAAUUUUUUUGACAAAUGGGGAUUUUUCUAAUUCUCAAAUUAUUUUGACUUUUUGCAACUCAUGUGGUUGGCAAAGUCUUUCUUAUUCGUAUAAUUGAUAGGAUCAGAUUGGUUUCAUAUUACUUGAGAAUUCGAUUGAGAAUAAAUAAACCCUUUAGAAUUCAUUUAGAGCAGACUAAUUAACUUGUCCAACACUUUGCAUUUCAUUUCCAAAAACACAUGAUGUUUAUACUCGGCUAUUGUUUUGUUCAUUCCAUUCCAAGUAAAUAGAAACAAAGUUUCUGUGUCUCUGUGGGUCAGAUAUAAAUUUGACAAUACAUAUGGCAAGGCAAAGCUUUGUCUACCUCCUUUUCUUUCUUCAUGUACUACUAAUAUUUUCAAGUAGUUGCUUUGGAUUAAGCAAAUCCCAGCAUUCAGAGAAGCCUCAUCAUCAUCAUGAAGUUGCUUUCUUCAUCUUCGGAGACUCUUACUUGGAUGCAGGCAACAACAACUACAUCAACACUUCAACUCUUGACCAGGCCAAUUUCAGGCCUUAUGGAGAGACCUACUUCAAGUUCCCAACUGGAAGAUUCUCCGACGGGCGGUUGAUGUCGGACUUUAUUGCCGAGUAUGCUCACCUGCCAUUGAUUCCGCCGUUUCUGCAACCGGGGUUUCGCCAGUAUUCGGGCGGAGCGAAUUUUGCAUCUUCUGGAGCUGGUGCUCUGGUUGAGACGUUUCAAGGCUCGGUGAUUGAUCUGAAAACACAACUAAGAAAUUACAAGAAGGUAGAGACCUGGUUCAGACACAAGUUGGGCGAUGCUGAAGCCAAAAUGACACUGUCAAGAGCCGUCUACUUGUUUAACAUCGGAACCAACGAUUACAUGAGCCCUUUCUUGAUCGACUCCCCCAUUUUCAAGUCCCACUCUCACUCAGAAUACGUUGGAAUGGUCAUUGGCAAUUUGACAACUAUCAUCCAAGAGAUUUAUGAAGGAGGGGGUCGAAAAUUUGGGUUCAUCAACUUGUUGAGAUUAGGUUGUCUUCCGGGCUUGAGAAUAAUCAAACAAGAAAACAAUGGAAGCUGCUUAGAAGAAGUUUCAUCACUUGCCAGAUUACAUAACCAAGCUCUCUCCAAAGUUCUCAGGAAACUAGGAAGUCAGUUGAAGGGUUUUAAAUAUUCACUCUACGACUUGAACCACAACUUUAGACAGAGAACCAGACAUCCUUCUAAAUAUGGUUUUAAAGAAGGAAACUCAGCAUGCUGCGGAACAGGUCAGUUUCGAGGGGUGUUCAGCUGUGGAGGGAAGAGAAUCGUGAAGGAGUUUGAGUUGUGCGAAAACCCUAAUGAAUAUCUGUUUUGGGACUCUUUCCAUCUGACUGAAAAAGUUUAUAGCCAAUUGGCUUAUCAAAUGUGGAGUGGGGAAGAUGACUCUAAGCCCUUGGGUCUAUACAAUCUGAAGGAUCUCUUCAGAGAUUUAUAGAUAUAAAUAGUAUUUGAUAUACUUUUAUCUGGUGACUUGUAAACGAUUAAAGAGCUUAAAAUUGAAGAAUUGAUGUUAUCUUACAUCUGA